UCAUAGGCCGAGAGGCGGUGUAGGUUCUAAAGCUGUGACAGAUUGUCAUUUCUUAUUUCGCGUGUUACUUGGAGGGAUCGGGUUGAGAUCAUUUCUUUCUCAGGACUCAUUAUGCUAUUCCGUUGCCUUUAGUACGCGUAGGCUAGCUAGCAUAUCUUUAGCCUAGGCUAAAGGGUAGGCUAUAGAUCGAUGAUAUUUGAUAUUGUCAGGCGAUACUUAAAAUAGACGACGGGAUUAUUCAGUUGACCCAUAUUUCAACUUCCGGUUUUAGAAUCAAAACAAGAAAAUAAUGAAAGCUUUUCGUUUGAUAAAGCGUGAAACAUAAAGAACUUUUACUAAUUAUGUGAUUUUCACGGGUACACGAAGGACUGGUCCUCUUGUCGAAAUACAACCAUUCGUCAUGUCUGAUUCUUCACCCAGUAUUUCACAUAAGGACGAUGCUCAAGAAAAGCAAAGGCCUCUUCCCUCUGUCAGCAUGGCUCUCUGGCAAGGGUAUACAGGAGAUAUCAACUUGCACAGUUUUGAUGUAUUCAAGCAGACUAUUAUCACUGAUAUUGCUCUGGGCCAAAACCACAGCCUAUUUCUGACACAUGAUGGAGAAGUAUUUGUCCAUGGGGCCAAUAGCUGUGGUCAGCUCGGACUUGGCUCACUGGAGAUUGCAUCUGUAGAUGAACCUGUCAAAGUGGAUGGACUAUCAGGGCCAGCCAUUGGGAUAGCCUGUGGCAAACAACACAGUGCAGUGGUCACAGACUGUGGUCAGGUGUUCUGCUGGGGAGAUUCAACGGAUGGCCAGUGUGGUACCGGCACUCUGGACCUGGUGCUCAGUCCGACACGUGUGGCAGUGGAGAUUCAUGAAGGAUUCUGCGCUCACGGCUUCCCCAAGCCCAGCAUCGGUGUUGGUGUUUGCAGGGUAGCUUGUGGGGCUAGGCAUACACUAGCACUGUCAGAUGACGGUGAAGUUUGGGCCUGGGGCUUUGGUCCCCAGCUUGGUCUGGGUGAGCUGCAACAUGCGCCAAUCCCUCGCCGUGUUUCUACCCUGCAGGGCCGAACUGCUCUGGCUGUUUGUUGUGGAGAGUCUCACAGUCUCGUUUUGCUGCUGACUUCAUCUAGCUCGAAAUCUGGCACCCCGCAGAAGAAGGCGAAGACACCCGCUGGCAGCGUGAAUGAAGACAAACACUACCCUGCACGAUGUAGCACAUGUAACAAAGAAAUUUUCACAUACACAGACACUAGUGAUAUGUGUAUAGUUGAAACAUUGCACGAAUGUAGCAAUGCAGACAAUGUACGCAGCAUUGAUUCCACAAUUGUUGAAGAAGUGUCUGCGUCAAGCUCUAGUAAUGAGAUUAUUGGUGAGGCUAAAGAAGAAGUUUCAAAUAAUACAACCAAAUCUACCACUGUUGCUACUUGUGACGUUUCCAAAGCUGAAACGGAUGGAGGAAGAGGACAUGACCAACCAGCAACAGCAGAUGAGAAGCAGCUCACCUCAGAAGGGGGUGGUGGUGGGUCCAAGGAGAAAGCUAAACAGGCUGACAUAAAAUCAGAAGGAGGAAAAUCAUUAGUGUCUAUAGAGUCUUCAGAAACAGCUCAAAAUGCCUCGUGGGAGGAAAAGACAGGAACUGUUUCAGAUGUCACUGAAGUAAAAAACCUUUCUGAGCCACAGGACACCUCCGUGCAUUUAGACUCUUCCGGUAACUUGGACACUUCCAGCAUUCUGGAAACAUCAGGGAUUGAAACGAGCAUUCUGGUCAUCCCCGGUGACAACCCUUUUGAUGGAGACGUUGUCUCGCAGGAAACAUUGCCGACAGUCCAGGAAGUUGGUUCAGAGGAUGCGGAGGGUGUUGUCAAGCAGAUUGAGCUGUCCGACAGGAAGCUGGAGGACACUGUGGCUAAGGAUGAGGGCAAUAAAGCAAGCCCAUCGGGUGUAGACAGAUCCGUUUCAUCAGAUUCUGCUGAGGUGGUAUGGCAGCGACGGUCACAAACAGAGGAGCUGCCCGAGGAUGUACUGCCAGUUCAAAGGAGGGAGCGUGUCCGCACUCCGUCCACGAGCAGUGUCAAGUCAUUCAACCUGAUAGACCAAUCAGAAGCCAUGGAUUACCUGCACCGACAACUGGAAGAUGGGACAGAGGAGCUGGCCGAGUCUGACCGCCAUGUCAAGGACGUAAAGCAAUCUGAGGUCAAAGUGGGUGCACCAACUGAUGCGGAAUCCCCGGAUAAGGGUGACGGGGUUUACAACAUGAUGGAACAGAUGAAAUCGGUAACUAGCAGAGCCUUCAGCAGCCUUCACACUCUCUCGGGGUUUGCGUUUGGCUCCAGUGACCCUGAAUCUCCCGACCAAGCUGCCCAGUCUGACAUCACAAAUGCAGGAGCAGGUGCUGCCAGGUCAGGAACUGCUGGGAGUGAAAGAGACGCUGGUGAUCUUGACAAGUCAAAGACUUCCGGGAACAAAUUGCCGGACAUUGGGGAUACUGAGAUCUCAGGUCAUGAAAUGGUCAAGUCGGGGACAUUUGCUGAAUGGUCCGAGGAGCUGGCCAAUGUUGGGCAUGACAUGUCCAGUCUCGGGCGCGGUGACAAGCAGAGAUCUUUACGCACCAUUCACUUACAGCAGCGAAACCUGUCCCGAACCUCAGCCUCAAGUACUACAGAAUCUUCACAGGUUCCCAAGAUCAAGCCGGUUGUGACUGCAACUGAGGUGUGGGCCUGGGGGGAGAACGGCUACGGUCAGCUGGGGAUUGGAGACACACUGGACAGAGCAGAACCUGUACACCUCCGCUCGCUCAUGGGUCGUCAUGUGAUAAAACUGUCCACGGGCAAAUCGCACAGCCUGGCACUGACUGCCAAUUCUCAGGUCUUCUCCUGGGGUUCCAACUCAUAUGGUCAGCUGGGUCAGCAGGAGUUGGUGCAUGCUCCAACACGUGUCAAGUUCAUGAAGGGCUGUAUGGUGUGGGACAUUGCAGCCGGCACCAAUCAUUCCCUCUUCUUAGGAGAUUCCACCAUGAUGAAGCCUGAUGUUUUUUUCUGUGGGAAGCAGCCCAGCAGGGAAAAGCAUGCUUCAAUGCAAAAGACAAGUGUUCCUACUGCAGUGGCUGAAGUCAAGCAGCUUGGCUGGGUGAUCAAGGUGAUGUCUGGGGGCCCCAACUGUGCCUGCCAGGUUUUGAACCCUGUGGCUCCUGAGAUGAGUGCAGUGUUUGAGCUGGCUGCUUCAGAGAGAACAUUUUACCAUCAGCUCAUCAAGACCAGCAACUUACUGCUCAGACCGUUGCAAAAGUCACCCUUCUACUCUGCCAUGGACGUAUUCCCAUACAAAUCAUCUCUGCAGAACCUGGUGGCAGCUUUUGGAGCUUUGACCAAGAGGAUAGGUGAAGGCAUCACAGACCUGACGGCAGCCAUCCAGGCCAUGCGUCCCAUCCGGCACACGCUACUGCUCGGAGCACACACACAGCAGCAGCAGGCAUUUACACAGUACUCCAAGGCCUUCUCUGACUUCCUUGCUGUCGGUGGCUUUGAGUACUGUACUAGGGCAGGCAGCAACUUCUUUGAGAAGAUUCAGGGGUCGAUCCGUGACCUCUCAGAGGAACGGGACAAAUCAGUCGCAGCCAGCACCCUCUUCCUGCGUGCCAUGCGCUACCCAUUUUUCCGACUGGUUGAGUAUGCACGGAUCAUCACAAAAAUGGCAGCAGCUACAGAGUUUCAGAACAGUGAGCUGAAGAGUCACCUGUCCUCUAUCACACUGGACUGGGACAGCACCAAACUACAGAUGGCCUCGGAGCACAAGAUGGCUGAUGCUACUCGAGCAUUUUGGGAUACAGCGCAUCCUCGGGUGGCAGAUGCCAUGCGGAUUCCAUCCCGUAGAGUGUUGAGGGACAGCAAGGCUCAUCCCAUCUCCUGGCUGGCAGCAGGCCGGUUCACAUCUCACAUUUUUGUCCUCUUUGAUGACGUAUUCAUGCAUUUCCAGAACACUGGACUGACCAAAUAUCCCCUGGAGACUGUGUGGGUGGAGUCUGGCAGCUCUAACAGUGACCAGCAAAACAAUAUUACUAUCAUUGUGCCAGAAGAGCGUUAUGAGCUGACCACAUCCAGCCCAGCACAGAAGGCUGAGUGGUUAAUAGCGUUCAACUCCGCCAUCAGCAAAGUACUGACCAAUCAGAAGUCCAUCCCGAGUCACCACAGCAGCGGAGAACGCUUUACCCCACCCCUCAUCCGACAGGCUUCACAUACGUUUUUCAAGGCUGGCCUCUACAAAGAUGCAACUUACAAGGGCACUUGGCUGUCUGGGAAAUUGCAUGGCUUAGGAGAGCUCAAAUGGCCUGAUGGUUCUGUCUAUGAGGGCAAGUUCAAAGUGGGACUUAAGCACGGCUCUGGCGUGUUUACAAUUCAAAAGUCUCGGGGCCAGGAGGUUCGGAAAGGUACUUGGAAAGACGGAAAACUGAACGGUUAUGCUGUGGUCAGCUAUGCUAAUGGUGACCUAUAUGAGGGUCACUUUCAAGACGGUCAGCGCUUCGGCCAUGGAAUGUACAAGGCUGGCCGGCACAAGUCCUCCUGUGCCUCAGUGUAUAUCGGAGAGUGGCUGGCCAACAUGAGGGAGGGCUAUGGUGUGCAGGAUGAUAUACACAAAGGGGAGAAGUACAUGGGCAUGUGGGUGGAGGACCAUCGUCACGGCAACGGCAUUAUGGUGACCCUUGAUGGCAUGUACUUUGAGGGAAACUUCAUACAGGAUAAACUGACGGGCUUCGGUGUGAUGGUGUCAGAUGACAAUACUUUGUAUGAGGGAGAUUUCCUUGGCAUCACUCACCUGGCUGGGAAGGGUACCCUGACUCUGUCAACUGGAGACAAAUUGGAGGGCAGUUUCAGCGGUUCCCUGAAUGAGGGUCUCAAGGUCAGCGGGUCAUUUGUCAAGGCUGCGAGCAGCUCAGAUAGUGACAGAAGAGCUCAACACUCACCAAGCAUCAAGUCUAAGUAUUUUGGUCGCCUGUGCGUGACGCCUGAUGCAAAGUGGACCGACAUUUUCUCUCACGUGACAUUAUCCCUGGGACAUAGCUUAUUCAACAAGCAGCAAGCUCCUGCGGAUGCAGAGAAGGCCUGGGAGACGGUGGCUGUCAUGGUCUCAGCUGGUAGGAAAGCCCUCAAGGAGGAUAAGAGUAUAUCACCCAGCAAAGCGAAGAUCCAGCAGAAGCUUCUGGAAACCCUGGAAAAAAUCCCAACUCACCACCAGGGCAGCCUCAACACGGAGACCCUGGAACAAAUGACCUCCUACCUGGCUCAGGCCUGCGACAGCAACUACCAUCCUCUGGGUCAGCUGAUGAAUACGCUGGUCAACGUGUUCAGAGCCUCAUACAUUGGGGUCGGUGCUCACCCACACCUGUUGCAUCAUGCCGUGCAUGAAGUGAGGUCCUACGUACGCCGAUUCUACAGGGUGCUCCGGAUCCUGUUCCCUGAUCUCCCACCCAAUGGCGGUCCCAUGCAGGUGUACCCACCAAGUCAAGGUCCCCUAGCCACGGACAGACAGAAGAGCUCUGAGUUUGUUGAGGGCCUGGAGAUAGAGGACCCCAAUGUUCAAAUACUGACGGCAGCUGGCUUAUUGUACCCACUGCUGCUCCCAAAGCUGUACCCACCUCUGUUUGACCUUUACGCUUUGCAUAAUGAGGCACAUGAUGACCGCUACUGGGAACGGGUGACCAAGCUCAACAGGCAAAGUGACAUGGGACUCAUGGCCUACUUGGAUGUUGACCAACGUUUCUGGCUUCUGGACGACCUACUCCAGCCUGGUAAAUCACAGCAACUGACAGCUGUGAAGGAUGUUUGCUAUGCAGAAGCUGUGGACUCCUUGCAGCAACUGAGUACGGCAUUUAGUCCCUUGGACAAGCUGCUGGUGAUAGAACAAGCCUUCAAUGAGAUUUCGAAGCGUGUGACUGCUACAGUGAAGGAGAAUGUUCUGUGGAACAUGGAUGACCUGUUCCCCAUCUUCCAGUUCGUUGUGGUUCGUGCCAAAAUCCACCACCUCGGAGCAGAGCUGCAGCUCCUGGAUGACCUUAUGGAACUACACAUGGAGCACGGAGAGCUUGGCCUCAUGUUCACCACACUCAAGGCAUGCUACUUCCAGAUUCAGAAUGAAAAGAUGCCACAUCACUGAACCAGAUAAUAGAUUCGACAGACUGAGCAUUUCAUCUGGUUGCAUAUAUGUGUUCAUCUUUCAUCAACAUAUUUGUGAUGAUAUCUUUCCUUGUGAUAUAUAUGUAUGUGUCUAUGUAUAUUGAAUACAUUUCCCAUUUAUUUUAUAUCUUGCUUUGCUCAAAUAUUCUGCUAAAAAUCUUUACUUCUUCAUGAGUUUUCGAUUCCUGAAAAGCUGUUCCUGUUGAUCAUGUGGAUGUUGAAAGACACAUCAGGUAGCUCCACAUUCUUUUAUAUUUGCUUUGUGUUUCCAUUUUACGGACUUGGUUUGUGCCAAGUACUCAUAAUUUCGCUUGCUUAUUUUUUGCCGUCUAUUGUCACUCAAAUAAAGGAUCACUCCUUAAUUAAAAAAGAAGGAACACUCAAGCCUCACUAUACCACUCAUCCUAGGACCCUGAAGAAAUUACUGUCAUGUUGGGAGAAGAAGAAAAAAGGAUCUUCAUUAUCCUGUAUCUAUUACAUAGCUUUGGACAGAAGGGCAAGAGCCCAGCUGUUGCUGGAUCGGUAACAAUAACAACAUCCUGUAUCAAUUAUAAAAAUAGAUUAUUUCUGAUUCAGUCCAGUUUCCAAAAGUGGUAACUCAUGUUGAAAACAGACAACAGUUUCAUUGAAGCUUACCAUCCAGUGUUUGAGGAUCUAAUUCUCUUCUGCACAGCAUAUGAGUGGCCUACAAUUGGAUUUGUCUUUGUCAAGGUCCAUGCAGUUGCUUCAUAUGACUUUGACUUCCUGUCUAACGAGAAAGGACCUUUUCUAUUUUUCUCUAUUGCGUUACUACGUAAAAAAACAUAAGACCCAAUUCUGUUUGUCUUUACUGAGGGAGUCUGUAAAUUGACACAGGAUCCUAUUCUAUAUUUCUCCUUUGAGUUCAAUGACAUCACAGCACAAAAUUCAUAACUUCAGUGUACAUUGUUCCCAAGGGGUUUUCCUUUUUUUUGUGACAAAACAAGCUUCUUUCCAAAGAGGCUGUUGUAGUUGAAGUAGGCUCAUAUAGAAUUUUGCUUUUGUUUUAUCUUUUUAGUUUAGUUAUUUCUUUUUUAAUUUAGAGGUGAAAUGUUGAUGGUGAGCAGGGCUUGCUUUGCAGUGAGUAGUGGUAAAUAAAUGGAAUUCAACAAUGGCUAGAGUCUGUAGGGAGUGGAUACGACAGACGUAAGAAUGUACAAUAAUUGGUGCUACAGAAGAGAGUGAAAGUUUUAUGUCCAUUUAAACCACUGCAAGUUGUCCUUUAGAGAUUGUUAUAUUUUGAAAAUGUGCUUUGUCUCUCGUUCUUUAAACUUAAUGUUUACAAAGAAAUGCUCAAAAAUCAUGUUGGUAACUAAUCUUCAAAGUGAUAGUCAAGUGCUAUCUCGAGAAAGUUGAAAUGCCCGUGUGGGUUCUUUUGAUUUUGUUAAAACACUUCAUAUACACCCGAACCUACUUGUAAUGCCAUAUAAUUUCAAAGAAAUGGCAGAAAUUUGUUCACCAAAAUAUGAAGUCAGGUCCUUUUACAUCAUUCACAAAUCGUCACAAAAAUGGCAGACUUUUUUCUCUUGUCAAAAGAUUUGUGGUAGUAGUUUAAGUGAAGUGAAUAAUUUGCCUGGGAUGGUGACAACAUAUUACUCUGUGUGCUGUGUUUUUGAUAAGUCGACUUGGUGCUUUUAAUGUUUUAAAUAUAUGUAUAUGGUCAGAUGAUGUGAAACGCCUAAAAAUACUCUUUUUCUGUAAACUUUAGCUACAUAUCCCAUGUUUUACAUCUGCAUUUGUGUUGUAAUUGUAAAAUCAUUCACCUCGCUGGCUAAUGAUAUGAGUUUAAUCCCCAUGUGGAGAGAUAACGUUUGAGCGUCUCUGUCUUUCUGCUGGGUUGUUCUCCACAUGUCCUGGAUAGGCAUGGAGAAAUAACAACAGUAUGUUUAUGAUUAAUACCUUUUUUUAUCUACUGAUUAUUGAAUACGUUCUUUCCAAGCGUGUAAGUACGGUACCAUGUUUUUGCCAUGAGCCCAAAGCUUUUCUUAGGGGAUGGGAGGGAACCACAGGUGGGUCCUACAUUUGUACAAUCCCUCUCUUGUUCCUAUAAAUCUUGCUUUUACCCAGCUCCUUUGUUGUGUAGAUUUCCAUCUCUUCUACUCGGACUACGGCUUUUUUUUAAUGCUCAGAAGGAUAAGAUGAGGGCAAAAGGAUGUAGCAAGACUGAAGAGCACUUGUGCCGUAAGCUAACGAAACACCUUUAUUCAUUUUUGGCGCCAGAUUUUAACUUUUGCUAAAUCAAAAGCCUUAUCAGUUACCUUACUUGUGUAAAAAAAAAUCAAAGUGGAACUCUGAAUAGUUUUUUUUAAUAAAUUAGAAUUUAAAUUUCGGAAGAACACUAUUUUUAGAUUGGGGAAUUUUAAAAAAAGGCUUUUUGUCAGCUUACGGCGGACUUGUAGCUCUUUCUAUGCCAGUUCACAAUACAUCGUUGAUGUCCAGUGCCAUGUCUGUGACAUUCUACAAUCUCUCGUCAAUAUGGUAUGUUGUCCCUGCUUUCUUUCAAUGCCUUCUUAUCCAUUCCGUGUAUUCUUAUUUUUAAAAAUUUAAUACAAUCAUCUUCUGCUAUUUUGUUUUAGUGGAUGAUAUGAAGGUGCCACUGGUAGGUCUUACUUUCUUCUUCUUUCUCUUUGUUGUUUUUUUCUGUCUUAGUUUCUCCUAGCGUUCAAUGAAGGUUACUGCGUCAGUGUAGUGUGCUUUUCUGUACUGAAAUUUUUAAAAC